AUAAAGUCGAUAAGUGUACAUUGCUCGGUUUGUUGUGGUGGAAAUUAGACGUAUCGAGCGCAGGGAGGCUGUGUGCUAUUUCUGUUAAGUGUAAAUUGUGUUUGUACUGCGAUGGAUAUUUGUAAGUGUUACGGAAUUAAGUGUUAUACUUGAAACUGGAUAAAAGUAAGCGAAUACACCAGCGAAGAGCCGUUUCAGCGGCUUAUUUAGUGGAUUUCGUGAAUAGCGGUUUUAUGAUUUAAACAAGUGUAGCCUGUAUGUUGUACAGCUGGGCUCUUGAUAUGUGCGGAAUGAUGUAAACACUGUUUUUCCGGAAGUAUACUCAACUAUGUUCGGAACGCUUCAAGAAAGUGUGUACGCCUUGCUCCUCUUGCUAUAUGUGGUCACGUGCCCACGAGUGACCGCCACGACAUGCCCGGCGGUGUGCUUCUGUCCGUCUGUCUCCCGGGUGGUCUACUGCCCGAGGAAAGCGCUACCGUUCAUUCCGGCGGGUAUACCGACCGACACUGUCCAGCUGACGUUGAACGAUAAUAAGUUCCAGAAUCCGGUCAUAAGCCGGGCCAACUUCUCUAACUACCGAGAUCUCGAGCAGUUAUACUUGACUGAUUGCGGAAUCGAGUACAUCGAACCGGACACUUUCGUGGACAAUAAGAAGCUGAAGUGGUUGGACUUGGGUAAAAACAAACUGAAAAGGAUCUCAGACUUUACUUUCAGAGAUUUGACCCUUGACCACCUUUUCUUAAACGAUAACCCCGGGGUCGAGAUUUCGACACGGGCGUUUGGAGGUCUGAAAACCACGGGGUUGUACAUGCAGAAUAAUGCCAUGGAUAAGUUGUCUCUGGAGGUCAUUCGACCGAUGAACGGUACCCUUAAGACGCUGUGGAUUGACGGGAACAAGUUUGACAAGUUCAAUCCGCAGUGGUUAUUCUUGUUUAGGACGCUGAGCCACUUAAGGAUCGGUGACAAUCCGCUCCACUGCAACUGCGAGGCGCGGUGGUUGCACGAGUUCUACACAGCUUCCUCGAGAAUCUUUGAGAACGUGCUCCCGCCCGCUUGCCGGUCGCCGGGUCAGCUUAGGGGCCAGACCUUUAAAGACCUUCACACCGACGACUUCAAGUGUCAGCUUCCGGUGUUCAAAAACGUCGACGUCAUUCUCGAGAAAAACGUCGGCAAACUGACUUGUCUUGCAAGUGGCGACCCCGUGCCGACGAUCUACUGGAUGAAGCCUGACGGCACGGCGGAAGUGUUCAUUCCAAAGUCGGAAGACAUUACCAAAGAUAUGGAAGGAGUGAUGUAUAUUCGAGAUCCGAGAGCGGAACUGAAGAACAGAUACCAGUGCGUUGCGAACAAUCCUGCGGGUAACGUCACGUUCUCAAUAAACGUUGCGUGGCCGGCUGACGAGGUUGACGUUACGAAACAGUACGAACAACACGAUAAUCCCGCCAUUGAAAAAACAGACGAUAAGAAAGUCGAUGAAAAAGACGAGAAGAAAAUACAGGACACAAAGGAAGGAACAGCAAUUGAAGUGUUUCAAUCAAACUCUAGUAAAGUGGUUGGAACAGAAAUCGCAACGGUCUCUGCCGUUGUAAAGGACCGUUUUACGACAUCGGACCUUAUCGGUGCCGUUGUCGGUACGUUUGUGUUGACGUUACUGUUGUGUGUUAUAGUGUUUUAUGUGAUUGUGAAAUACCAACGAAAGCCGGGCACACCCGUUCAUCAUCAUCACCAUCAUAAUGGGGUCCAUAAUGGGGACAUAAAAAGGGGCCCGCCCAGUCGUCAUGAGCUCGACGAGGUUGAGCAUACCAUGAAAAUGUUAGAUAAACGGAGUUACGAUAUUCAUGUAUAGAGAGAUCUCUACGGUACACAGGUCUGCUUUGUUUAUAAUCCCAUAUCUCAUCAACACACGUGAACACAAUCUUUUUUAUUUUUAUGCUCAGCUAUUUUCUUAUGUCUAAUCCAAACCGUUGAAUAAAUUCAAUUAAUUAAGUUCAACUGUCUUUUCUAUGGACUUAAGAUAUAAAUGGUUAAAGUCAACAAUCAAUAUUGUAUGCCUUAAAGUAUAAACUAUUAAAGAAAAUUGUAUACAUGUACUUCCCUAAAUCAUGUUAUCAUCUUGCCUUGUUGCUCCGUGGAUCUUUCUCGUAUAUAGAUAACUUCACGUCAAAAAGGGUCAGUAGGUUAUUACGAAGAUAUAAAAGUACUAUCAAUUAAUAAUUAUUAUUUUCUGCAUUUUAAUGUUUGCUUUAUUUAUUACUAUGUAGUCUGUACAAUUGUCUGAAAAUUCUGCAUUAACACUGUGGAGUUUCUUUGACGUAUUAUUGAAGUUUUAUUUCAAAGUUCAUGGUCCAAUUUUUUGCAAUCUUUCUAUGUUAUGGUCUUAAGAACCAAAAUGUGCUAUCAAUGCAACAUGAUAAUUGUUUGUAAUUAUAAAAUAAUUCUUACGUUUUACCUAUUUACGGAUUAUUUUAAGUUAUUUGCAUUAAAUAAGUUGUGUUUAUAUGUCUUAAGAUUAUCUUUUUAAAACAACUAUUCAGUUUCUCACAAAAGUAGUAAAUGGGGUAUUAUCCAUUUUAAUUCUAUAAAGCAACAAGAACAAAACUUUAAUCUUGCUACUAUGUGUUAUUGAAUUCUUUUUAUUGCAUUAUGUAAUAAGAUAUCAUUGUAGUUUAAAGAUUAUUAUGAAAAAUAAGUAUUUUCGAAAUCGGUUUUAAAUAUAUUCAAAUAAGCCUUCAUUUGGAGCAAACACCUGGUCGAAAUAGUGCUAAUCAAAUAAAACCUGAUCCGAAUGUGUAUUAAACAACACUUGAGAUUGCUUUUGAAUUGAAAUAAUGUAAGAUUUCGCUGGGGUGGUAUUUUGGUGUCACUUGAGAAAAUAAGCGCGAUAUUUUUGCAGAGUGAACUAGCAAAGAACGGUGCAUUCAUUUACGAAGAGUAUUAUGGGAGUAUUAUGGGUUUAAGAGGAGAAGUAUAAAUCAGGAUCCUACUGGGGCAUUAUGCAGUUCUUUUUAAAACUGGAAUCUUUGACACUAUACAAAUAUGGUAAGUCGUCACUUGAGACUCGGUGUUUGCUUGCAGACGCAGUGCGUUCGAUGAGAUAAUUAAGAUCGGUAACAAUGACACGUUAUUACUAAGCUAGGUCAUGACAGCAAGCUGAUAUGCAAACAGCAAUGUUAAUUGGUAGUCCGAAUGUCAUUAUCAUCACCUGCGCGCGCUCGAUUGCGAUAACGCCCGUUUUAUUCCAUGACAAAAAAAUGCAUGUUAGCGGAAAGAUAAUUUGGACCGAAUGUGUCGAAAAGACCUCGAGGGGUCGAAAUUAUCGGCAAGUUUUGAACCAUUAAAACGUUUUGUGAACUAGGACAAUAGCAUCGAUGAUAUCAGGGCUACACAAAAAAAGCGAAAAAUAGGCUUAGCCUUUGAAGUUGUUCAAUCGAGAAGGUUAGUCAACGCGGAUUGAUAGUUUUCACACACGUGUUAAUUUUUGUUAGAUCGGAACUGAUAAUUUUGGUAUUUCUUUAGUUGGACACCUUAUUAGCAUUCCGUUUAUUGUAAACGCUGAUCACUAACCGAAAACGAUUACGUUUAGUUUGUUGUUUACAAUAGUAGAUUUUUCUUUUAAAGUAAUUUUGAAGAGUUAACAGGAAAUAGUUUCAAACAGUUUUCUUCCCAUCCAUAUGUAUUUUAAAAAAAGCUAAAACAUAUGUACAGCAAACCGCCAUGCGAAAUUAAAUAAUUAUGGUCAUAUCUUUUCCGCAAAUUUCAACUGUCUACCCUUCGGCCAAUAUCACGAAUGUUCAAUCACAUAUAUACGGCGCCUUAGUAUGUUCAAUACAUGUCAUAAAAUAUCAUGUUUUAUCGAACAUUACUUGUCAGGUUUUCAUAUCAAACAACGCGGUUGUGAUGAAUCUCGUCGUACAUAUGCAGGCAAUAUGUGAUUCUGCGAUGUGUUUGGAGAAGCACAGCUUGCGCGCCAAUGCGCAACUUCUAAUUUAAUAUUGAUACUGAUAUUAAAGGGACAUAUUUGACGUUCGUUAUAAAAACGGAAAAUUUCAUAAUAGUGAGCAAAAACCUAUAUACGCAUGUUUACAAAGUUAUUGCUAUGAAAAAUUAUAUUAUUUUAUAAUUCUUGCUAUUUGGAAAUUUAAAACACAUUUGUUAUUGUCAGAAUGAAAUAAAUAAGUGAGAUUUUUUCAAAAUUACAUAGUUCUAUUAAUCAUUUAUUAUUUGUGCAAUCAGUAUUGCUGUUCUGCUUCAUUUUUUCUAUUUAUUUGCUAUUGAAUACACAUGCUUUGCCGCCACUGUAUUAUCACAUAUUAUUCCUAUGACGGGUAGUACGCCUUUUAUUAGAUAUGGCGAUCAUGAAAAAAGAACAGGAAUGAACGUACAUUUUGCAAGACUGAUUUAUGGUGCGUGUUGGCGUGAUUUGUGUCCGAUACGAUAACUUUGAAGUGGUCACUGUUUUCGAUGUCUCACUGAGAUUGUCUGGAAUUUAUUGGCACGUGUGUUAUUAGCAAUCAUUUCAACUGAACUGUUGGAAAUAUUAACAUUUAAUAUGAUAAGGUGCGAAUUUGUUAACGUUAUGUCGAAUACUUAAAACUACGAAUUCUGCGAAAUAAUAAUAGAAUCAAAUGCUUAUAAAGCGGACAGCCAGUGGUAUUUUAAUCAAGAAAUCAAUUUAAAUGUUUAUUUCUUCUAUUGACUAGAACUCAUUCAAAACAAUUAUAUGUUGAUGAUAAAAUGGUUAAAUAACUUUUUCGCUAGCAUAAUAUUUACGUUAAGCAAAUAUCAAUUGUUGGUAACGACAAGACUAGUAUAUUUUGUUAACAAGAUUGACCCCGUCACCUAUCGUAAACCAUAUAAAUAUAUCAGCAAUAAGGUAAUAACUUUUUAAUGGUGAUGGGUUUGAAAUACUGUAGGCAAUUUAACCCGGCCGAUCGCAUUCUAGAUAUGAGACAAGGGACCGCAGUAAUGCGAUACUUUAAUUGUGUACACAUGGUAAAUAUUGCUAUAGAAAUAGAGUAAAUAGAGUGCAAUGUAGACUAACAAAACAAUCUUAACCAAUUGGACAGUUUUGAAAGCGGUCAAAUUUCAACUUUUUUGCCGUUAGCUGAAUACGUUAUUAAAAUACAUGCCAAGUUCUACUGUGUGGUUGACAUUUAAAUGUGAAGUAUUACUCAAAUGCCGCAUAGGCGACAUUGAAUAAUUAAUGUUCUGUCAUUAAUUUUACUAAUUUCAAGGUAGACGUACAGUUAAAUAGGUACUAUGGGCCUGUUGACAGUUGAAACACCCUGGGGUCCUCGUGCGAUAAUUACAACUGAUGAUUAUAGAUGGCGAAAAAACUCAAACGCAGUUUUCAAAGAAUCAAGAUCGGUUUAAGAUCUUUUACAUUUCAAUUCCUGUCUUGUUUUCAUAAAAUUUCUCACAUCGAAAGUGAAAAGACCCAUUUCCAAAUUGAAACAUCAAAGAAAACGUUCGUCUUUUCUUCAUUGGGUUAAUUACAGAGGAACUCGAAACAAAGAUUAUCACGAGUACAAGAAAUGAUUCACCUUUGUCAGUCUGUUCUUUGUGGCGAAGACUUAACAUUAAAAUCGCAUUACGAUUGUUUCAGUCUUACUCAAAGUCCUGUGUCCGCGCAAGGUCUAAGACUUAAUAAACGAGUGAGAAGAAAUAUUUUUGCUUAGAUUGAAGGUUCAUAUUAAAGCCUGUCGAUGAUGAAUAUUCCAGUUCGUUCGGUUCAGUGCCAAAUAUUUGUAUAUAAAAAAUACCUGAAUUGCGCGCAUUACCGUUGUAUUGAUGUUUCCGAUAUUUAUUCCAACACUUAAUCACUUUUCAGCUCAGGGUUUCUGCGUAGCGAUUUAAUUCUAGAUUGCAUAGUCGAACUUCAUAAUUGCCGAUUUGUUUCAGUGAUGCGCAUGCGCAAACGAUGGUGUGUUGUUUUUGUACAUUCUUUUGCCGUAUAAUUCGAAAUACAGGUACACCGUUAUGAUAAAAACAUGAAACCCAUCAAAACAUCCCAGCGAUUACGUUUUCUUGAAAUCGGAAUGCAAAUUUGAUAUAUAAAAAAUAAAUACAUGUUUUUUUUUCAUAUAUUAACAUGGACAAUCACAUAAGCGUAAGCAUGGCAUAUUUGAUGACGUAGAUAAUACGUUUGAUGACGUCAUUGUGUAUAUAUGUUUUUAUUUAUAGAUAUGUUUUACUUUGUACAUAUAUGUGUAAAUGUGUAAAUAUUGUGUGUACAUAAAGAAGAGUGUACAAAGGCAGUCUAGUGCAAUGACAUUUAUGUAUUUAUCACAUGUUACAUGAUAUAUUUUGUCUCACUUAUCGACUAGUUAUUCUGAAAUACAAUGUAUAGUUUUUUCUUUAACUGUUAAAGUAGCGAUUGUUUGACAAGCAUUUUCAUGUUACAUUUCACAAUCUUCUCUGAUUCACACAUUUAUAAUGUAAGUACUGUUUUCCAUUUUUCAUAUUUUAUUGUUAUGUGGAUUUUUGUUUCAUGACCAUUCAGGUCCCAUACAGGACAUUAAAUAAUUGUGAAAACAA